AUGCGGGACUUCGCCAGCUUCCUCCGAGGGAAGCCGACACUCCCCUCUCUCUGGACUGGCAACAUCAACUUCGCCAAACUGAACCCCAUUCCCCACCGAUACCGACCAAGCCGAGCAAAGAGGAAUCAGAAGAAGCGCGCCAACUUGAGCGCCCCCGAAGAUGUCAUCACUCUGCAAAAGUCACUCAACCCUCUCGAAACCCUGCAAAGGUUACGAAACCACAAGUGGGCACUGCUCGACCUGCAGUACAUCGUUCUCGUCGGCCUCAUCGUUUUCUCCCUCUGCAUCACGCCCUCGGCGCCCUUGAUCAAGACCGCCGCAGUCGCCGGAGGCCUCUUGCUCCUCACCGUUCCUAUCACCAGCCAGUUCUUUUUCCCUGGAUUGAGCAUAUGGGCAUACCUCAUCUAUUUCUUUUGUAGCCGCUUCAUCGAUGCGAAAUACCGCCCUCACAUCUGGGUGCGCGUCCUGCCCGCCCUCGAGAACGUCCUCUACGGCGCCAACCUCUCCAACAUCCUUUCGGCGCAUACCCACCCCGUCCUCGAUAUCCUCGCGUGGAUCCCGUACGGUCUUGGCCACUUUGGCGCGCCCUUCGUCUGCGCCGCCUUCCUGUUCUUUUUCGCCGCCCCCAAGACUCUCCCGGUUUUCGCGAAGUGCUUCGGUUGGCUGAACGUCCUCGGCGUCACGAUCCAACUCGUCUUCCCCUGCACUCCGCCAUGGUACGAGAACGAGCACGGCCUCGCCCCCGCUGCGUACGGCAUGUCAGGCUCUCCCGCGGGUCUGGCCCGAAUUGACGCCAUCCUCGGCAUCGACAUGUAUACGACGAGCUUCAGCACCGCCCCCGUGCCAUUCGGUGCCUUCCCCUCUCUGCACGCCGCCGACGCCGUCAUCGAGGCUCUCUUCCUGAGCUACUGCUUCCCUCGCUUCCGCCCGCUGUUCUGCCUGUACGUCGGCUGGAUCUGGUGGGCGACCAUGUACCUGAACCACCACUACGCCGUCGACCUGGUUGGUGGCUCUCUUCUCUCCGCCGGAAUCUUCUACUUCGUCAAGGCACGAUACCUGCCUCAGCAGCAGGCCGACAAGAAGAACCGCUGGGAGUACGACUACGUCGAGAUUGGCGAGCAGACCAAGGUCUGGGAUGAGGAGUACGGCAUGUACAACAUGGGCUACCUCCAACGCCGCACCAGCUCUGAUAGCGACGAGUGGACCGUUGGUAGCAGCUCCAGUUACAGCUCGUCGAGUCGAGGCAGCGGUAGCCUGAGCCCUGCGCUUUCCGAAGAAUCCGGUCGCAGCAUCUUCAGCAUCGAAAUCAAGCCCAACGCCGAUCGUUACGAGGUUCCUCAGCUCAACGAGAUCGCCGUCAGGUAG